AUGGGUCACCACUAUUGCUGCAAAGAACGAAAGGUUAAGAGGGGCCUUUGGUCCCCUGAGGAAGAUGAAAAGCUGUUGAGUUACAUCACUACCUAUGGCCAUGGCUGUUGGAGAAAAGUUCCUGAGCAGGCUGGGCUACAAAGAUGUGGCAAGAGCUGCAGACUGAGAUGGCUCAAUUACUUGAGACCUGAUAUCAAAAGAGGAGGGUUUACACCGGAUGAGGAGAACUUGAUUAUUAAACUUCAUGGGGUUGUAGGGAACAGAUGGGCGCAUAUCGCAAAGUGUCUACCAGGAAGAACAGACAAUGAGAUAAAAAAUUACUGGAAUUCGUGGAUAAAAAAGAAGCUAGAGAAGCGUUGUUCACCAAUAAUCACAUCUGAUGAUGAUCAUCAUCAGCAAUAUUCCCAAAUGGCGUGUCUCAAUCCAAAUAACCAAGAUCAAUUUGUGAAUCAAACUUUCACUGCAAGGCCGUCUGCGUACUCCCCAAUUAUGUUUGAGGCCGCUUCACUUGAUGAGAGUACUACUCAUGCAAACAAGAUUAACAUCAAUGUACAAGCAGGUCAGCAUUUCCCACUCGACGUCAACUCGAACAAACUUUUGGCUUGGAUUUUGGAUCAGCAUAAUGUUCAAGCCCUUCCUUCUACAGCACCGUUUACAAACAUGGAUGCAAAUCUGUUAAUGCCAUCCCUCAUAGGAAGUAGUGGUACUACUGCAUAUAAUACAAACAUGGUUGAACUGGAAUCUUGCAGCAACAAUGAUGAAGGAGGUCAUGAUAUUUCAAUGGAGUGCUUGCAGAGUCGUCAAGAUUUGAAUGCAGUUGUUCAUUCACGCCAACAGCAACCGUGUUCGAACUUCCAUUCUUGCUGGGAUAGUGUUGAAUAA